AGGUGCUGACUGUUUGUGUACUGUUUGAUUUACGUACUGCUCCAAUCAGAAGAAUACACAAACAAACAACAUUUAGAUCUAAGAUUCUGAAAUGAUUAUCCUCCCUCUACUGCUGGUACUGCUUCAGAUAUCAGAACAGACGGUUUUACUCAGGAAGGAUCUGAGUGAGUAUGAUCUAGCAAGGUGUAAUGAUGGAACUCCAGCUUCAUAUCUUCAUCAACAGGAUGUGAGAUAUGCUAAUGAGCAUGUUUUGAUUUAUUUGGAGGAUGGAGGACACUGUGGUUCAGUGGAGGCUUGUAGGGAAAGGUGCAGAGAAGGGAGUUCUAAGAGAGAUUUAUGUACUGCUGCAUCCCAACAGGUGGUUGAGAGAACUGAUGGGAUCUGGUCUGAAAACCCUGGAGUAAAUCCUUUUGCAAACCAUUUCAAGGCUUCUCUUCACUACUGCUCUAGUGAUAACUAUGCAGGUACACGUGGAGCCUCUAGGAACACAGGAAACUUAUAUUUUCACGGAAGACAUAUUCUAACUGCUUUCCUUGAAGACAUGUCCUCAAGAUUCGGGCUGGCCCGUGCCGCCUCCCUUACUCUGAUUGGUAGUGGAUCUGGAGCACGUGGUGUAGGAUACAACUGUGAUUAUGUUGCCAGUUUACUACCUGGAGUACCUGUAAAGUGUAUAGCUGAUAGUCCUGACAUGACUCCAUGGUGGGUCAAAUCAGAAGAAUGCGCCAACAGGGAUUACGAGAAAGAGGAAGGAGAGAAGAUAUUCUGGGGAAGACAAGAUGAUGAAUCAUGUAUUGAGGAAAACAAGUCUGAUGUGAACUCUAGUGAGUUAGCGCACAGAUGUGGAGUCUGGUCCAGAUAUUGGUCUUAUAUAGAGACUCCUUUCUUUAUUGUGGGGAGUCAAUUUGAUCCUUACAGUUUUGCUGAUAAUCCCUGUAUCCCGGAUAUCUCGGACCCGGAGUACGAGGAAUACGAGUUAGCCUGGAGAAGAGGAACUGCAGCCUUAUAUGAGAGUAUUCUUGCAGGACGACAGGAUAGGAGCUGGUUCGUCCCGGACUGCAGGUCACAUAGCUAUCUUUAUGGUGAACUAGCAGAUUCUAGGUUUAACAAGCUAACUGUUCCAAUGCUAGGAUCCAAUAAGACAAUGUCACUUUCUGCAUCUCUGCGACAAUGGUUGGAGGAUUCUCCUCUUCAUGCAAUAGAUACAGUUGCAGGGGGGAACCAAGAAUGCCCUGGACCUGCCCCUCUUUGCAGAUCCGAGUGCUCGGCUUCAAGGUCCUUUGAUUCCUAUCCAAGUGUGCGAAGACGACUUUUACCUCCGGCAUCUAUUUUUCCCUCAGGAUAUGAUCGCCAGUGUUGUGUGGAUCCUUGGCUACAUCAUCCUGGAUCCCGUGGACUAGGUAGAGAUGUUCUAGGAGCUGGACACGGUGGGUUUGGAGGCCAUGGAGCUAGGGAUGGGUUCGGAGUCGGUUAUGCAUCAAGAGGAGCAGUCGGAGAAAGAAGAAAUCAACUAUGGAAGCGCCUGAUCUAUCUAAACUACUUGAAACGGCUUUACAACAAGCAUAAAACAGAAUACGCCAGAGAAUACUAUGGUGGGUAUGAUGAUGUGUACGCUGGUACUCAUGGUAUUCAGGGAGCUAGAGAUCCAGUUUUUAUAGGAGAUGCCCGAGCUGUACAUAGAACAAGUACAGGAGGGUGUACAGGAGGGUGUACAGGUGUACGCCGAAGGAUCCCGUGUACAGUGGGCUGUACAGGAGUAAGAGCUCGUGUACCGGAUAUAACUGAUCUGCUUGAAGAUGAUUAUUAUGAUUAUUAUGAUGAUUAUGAUGGUUCCGCUCUCCUUGCUCGAAUAAAAAAUGCAGUACGGCUUAGAAAAGAGGACAGGAAAAAAAAAAAAAGCACAGAUAAAUCGACCAAGGAUAAUGAUGAAGAUCUCGAUGAACUUGAUUACGAAGAUUUUAGUGCUUUCACAGAACAAAUAGAAACCUCGACUAAAUAACUUGAAUUCGUUGAAAAAAUAAACUUUGUGCACGGAAUUUGUAAAAAAUAAAAUAAUUGAUGAGUUUAAAUUAUAAAUGGGAAAGUUUGAAAGUACAUAUCUAAAAUAUUGAUAAAGGGACUAGGAACCAAAUUUCAUGCAACUCUUCAUUUACAAAGUUAUAAUGGCGAUUCACAACAGUAUCUUAUCUCACCUUUAUCUUAGCAAAAAUAUCAUCCAUUCUUUAUCUUUCUGAAAAAUUAAAAUUUUAAAUUGCGGUUUUAAACAGUAGAGAUAAGGAAGGAAGUUGACAAAAUUCAUCGUUUUUCUAAACAAUAAAUAAACAUGACGAUUUAUUUCUCAUUUGAAAUGAAGUCUGCAGUCCCUUUAAAGUAGGCCAAUUAUAAAUAUAUAUUUUUGUCCAUCAUU